GGCGUUCCAUGUAAACCACAUGUGUUGGUCGCUUGAAUUGAGUAGCUCCGAUAGUGGAAACUGGAAAACAUCUGAACUUUUGUCGGCGAAGCUAAGUUUUCUUGCAAUAACAUUAACAAGAUGCCGCGUUAUGCUCAGAUUGUGAUGGGACCAGCCGGUAGUGGAAAAUCAACAUACUGCAGUAAUCUCCAGAAACACUGUGAGACGAUAGGGAGACAAGUUCAUGUGGUCAACUUAGAUCCUGCAGCAGAAUAUUUUGAUUAUCAGACUGUAGCAGAUAUUCGUGAGCUAAUUGAAGUUUGUGAUGUUAUGGAGGAUGAGUCUCUGCAAUUAGGACCUAAUGGAGGACUGAUCUAUUGUAUGGAGUACUUUGCCCAAAAUUUUGACUGGUUGCAUGAAGAAUUAGGAGACAUUGAUGGAGAUUACAUCAUAUUUGACUGCCCAGGUCAAAUAGAGCUAUACACUCACAUUCCUGUCAUGAAACAGCUGGUUGAAGUACUCAGGAGCUGGGAUUUCAGAAUCUGUGGAGUCUUCCUCAUAGAUGCACAGUUCAUGGUUGAAACAGCAAAGUUCUUCUCAGGAAUGCUGUCAGCAUUGUCUACCAUGGUGAACCUUGAGAUUCCUCAUAUCAAUAUCAUGAGCAAGAUGGACCUUCUUAAUGCAGCCACCAAGAAGACAGUAGAAAGAUUUCUUGAUCCUGAUCCAAAGGAGUUAGCUGCUGAAGGUGAACAUAUGUCCAAGAAAUUUCAGAAGCUGAACCAAGCAAUAGCUACAUUGAUCGAUGACUACAGUCUGGUGAGGUUCCUUCCCCUGGAUCCCUCGGAGGAAGACUCCAUGAGUGACCUCCUCUUCAGCAUCGACACAAACCUCCAGUUCGAUGAAGACCAGGACGUCAAGAUUCCCAAAGAUAUGGAUGAAGAUGAUGACGGGGGUGAGGGUGCAGGAGGGGGGUUCAAUUUUUGAUCCAAGAUUGGAGUGAGAAUGUGGAGUGUCCAUGAUCUUGGAUGUCUAAAAUCCAGAGGAAGGUGAUAGCAAGAUGCUGGAGCAAUGUUUUCUGCAUGGACACCAACCUCUAGAACAAGAGCCAGGAAGGGAGGUUGUUUUAAAUCUUCAGGAAGGUUAUAGCAGAAUGAAGGAGCAAUGUCUUCAGCAUGAUCACGCCAGAAUAACCAGGGCCAAGAUGUAAGGAUGUGGAAGCAAUGUAUUCAGAAUGAGCAUCAAUUUCUAGACCCAGGGUCAGGUUAUGAGGAUUCCUCAGAUCUUGAGGAUGAUGUUGAUGAGGGUACUGAAGCAUGAGGGGUGUCACUUUUAACCCUAUUUGCCUCCAAGUUCAUUGUGGGCUAUGAUACAAGCAGGUCUGGAUACAAGUACAAUGAUUUCCAGGAUGGCUAGAGGAUGAUGGCAAUAGGACAGCGAAGCCCAAGAGGUCCUUAUUUCCAAUUUUUAAUCAUUUCUUUUCAUUUGCCCCAUCUUAACGAGAACUAUGAUGUUCAUUUCAGCAGGAGGAGGAUGAGGGCCAUCAUCUGCAAAGAUGACCAAGAUGAGAUAGAAGUUUUUUAUGGGAUAAAACGGCAGGGUGAGUGCUCUACAUGAGGAUGAUGUCAAUAUCAAAAUCAUAUGAGAAUGUCAAAUAAAUUAAUAUGUGAUACCUGGGGCCCAUCUUACAAAGAGUUGCGAUUGAUCCGAUCAAUCGCAACUAUGGAAAGCCAGCAAAGUCAACAUAUAGAAUGCAUGUUUGUUCAAAAAAAAUUCUAGAUAUGAACGUAUAUCCAUAAAUUCAUUGAUUUCUUGACAAUUUGGUGUGUUCUCUUUUGUAUACAAAGGACAUUUUACAAAUUUCCUGUAGAAAAAAUUAUGACGCUGAUGGAUUUCCAUAGAGUUACGAUUGAUUGGAUCAAUUGUAACUCUUUGUAAGACGGGGCCCAGAUGUGCUAUCAUUUGGUCUGGUGCCUUGGCAGAAUCAAGAGGUCUAAAUUAUAAAUUCUUGGCCAGUGUGAUGCACAGGUUUGAGAUGGAUGAGAUAUGAAAAAUUCUUAUUGGCUUCUGGUCAGUGAUUUGAACAAAAUAUGUGUGCAAUAAAAGUGAUUUAAUUAGAUUGUAAUUACCAAUUUGUUGAUAUAGAGUCACAUUUUGCAAGAGUAAAAAAAAUAUGAUGAUUGUUCAGGCUUAACCCUAUCUUAACUGGGCUAUUUCAGACCAGUAUAUACUGGGGGGGUCAAUUUGACCCCCCUCAGAUCUCGGCCACUGAUCGCGCGAUCGCCGCGAAAAUUUGCACGCGCGUAGAGCCGGAUGUAAACUACAAGACUGUAUGGUAAAAUUUAAAAAAAUUAAUUCUUUAUAUUUUUUAUUAAUUAAUUAUGCAAAUAAGCGUAUGAAAUUUGCCCUAAAUUUUUUUUUGUGUAUGUUUUUACCUAUAACUCAAUUUAUAUAGCUGGUAGAAUGCUAAUUUUGGUUGGAGUAUCAAUUAUUACAUUUCUAACAAAUAUCUUCAAAAAAAUUGCAAAAAUAUAAUUAAUUUCUUAUGUAUUUUAUUGUUUUUUAAAUUCUUAUGUAUUUCUUUGUUUUUUCAAACCUUUGUUUUUUAUUGUUUUUUCCAAUGAACUUUGUCGGGGACCCUUCUGCAAUCAUAAAUAGCAUAAAAUAAAUCCAUUUAAACCAACAAAAGUAAAAAUAAUCAUACAUCUAUGAUUUUUGGUUGAAAAACACAAUUUGCAUUGACUUUGUACACGGAAUCACGUUUUUGAGCAAUUUCGGGUCUGACGUGCAUUUACAAAAUGAUGCGUAAUUUCAGAACCGCGUCCACGGGCGUCGCAAUUUUGGUCUCAAAAGAUGCGCAAGACUUGAAAGUAAAAAGUCAGUGAGCGGCGCGAUCAAUAAACUUUGCGCGACGGCGUAGUGAUUAAAUUUGUCAAGGAGGGGUCAAAUUGACCCCCCCAGUUUAAUAAGGGUUAAGGGCAAGAAGAACAAGAUAGAGAAAUGGAUCACCUUGUGUAAUCAUGUUCAAAAUUUUACUGUUUUACACAUUGUCUCUUCUUUUCAUGGACUCUUGUGUCCCUUUUUUUUUUUGGGGGGGGGGGGUUGAAGUAAAUAGCAAUUUCCCCCUUCAUGACCUAAUAUCCCUCUGUGUACAAACAUGGCUGGUUUGAGUUUUCUUGUGUUAUCAGAAUUUUGUCAUCUUGGAAAUUUAAGAAGAAAAAAAAUGGCAUGCAAUUAUCAGACUGGUCAGAUUUGCCAUGAAGCUUUAAUAGUAAUCAUGGAAAUUUAAAAAGAAAUAUCCAACCACUGCAAUGAAUGCAUAUUUCCAGCUUCUGAUUAGGUCAUUCUAUAGAGCAAGUAGACCUUGUCUAGUGAAUUAUGAAAAGUCAGUGUGAUAUUUCAAGAUACAUUUUAUUGCCUUUUAUUGUUAAUGAUAACUUCAAUAGUAAAUAAAGAAUAUUCAUGCAUUAAUGACAUACAUGUUUAAACACACAAUCAAUGUUUUUUAUGUACUUUUUGGAAAUAUUUUUGUUAUACAUCAUUAUGUGGCUAAUGUAUAUUCCUGAAGUAGAGUGCAGUCGCAUGACUGAAUUAGAUUCUACUUCUGGAAAGGAGUUUGUUAACCAAGUGCGUAAUACCUACAAAAUCUGCAUGCAAAAUGUGUAAUUAUUUACAAAUACUGAGUGAAAUAAAAUUGAUAACAUUAUUUAUCCAAUUGUCAAACUUUCAA